AUAAAAUCUAUCACCCCCUUCCUCUCUUCACUGAAGGGGGUGUCUUUCUUAUUUACUUUGUUCUAUAAAGUGUGCCUUUUGUGUGGGUUCAGUUUCCAUGGAUUCCAUGUCAUUUAUAUCUUCUCCUAAUGCUUGUUCACUCACAACGGGUGGAAAUCUCGGUCGCAGGCAACAUUCCACCAAUAAUAUUUACUAUACAAGUUCAUUUGUAUCAAAAGCUUCACAACCCGAACGGAAAACUCAAAUAGAAUGUAACCUUUUGAGAUUCCAACAACCAAGUUUAAAUCAUCAUUUCAAAGGCAUUGAAGGCCAAGAACGCAAUAGGAGAUAUGUAGUGAAAGCAGCACCCGCACCAUCUUUUGACUCUGAAUCUCAUGUUUCUAAUCCCAAAAGCAUUUUCGACUCCACCAAAAAUUUCUUGUCUAAUAUAUACUUCUUUUGCUAUCCUUACUCAAUGAUUGCUCGAACACUAGGCACAAUUUCGGCGUCUCUUAUUGCAGUGCAGAAUGUAUCAGAUAUAUCUCCACUAUUUUUUAUUGGUUUAUUACAGGUUUUGAUUCCUCACUUCUUUAUGGAUCUUUAUAUUAAUGGUGUGAACCAAGUGUUUGACAUUGAAAUAGACAAGAUAAAUAAGCCAUAUCUUCCAUUGCCAUCUGGGAAAUUAUCUUAUACAACUGGUGUUACUAUUGUUGCGUCAUCUGCAAUUUUGAGUUUUUGGCUUAGCGGAAUUAUAGGAUCUUGGCCAUUAUUUUGGAGUCUUGCAAUAUGUUUUACGUUAUGGAGUGGCUACUCAAUCAAUCUUCCCCUGUUGAGAUGGAAGAGAUUUCCACAGCUCGUAGCAACGUUUAUGUUUGCUAGUUGGGCAUAUAUUUUCCCAAUUACAUUUUAUCUUCACAUGCAGACAUUUGUGUUCAAGAGGCCAGCAAUCUUUCCAAGAUCACUCAUUGUUUCUAUUGCAUUCUUGAGUUUCUACGCUCUAGGAAUAGCAUUAAGCAAGGAUAUACCUGAUGUUGAAGGAGAUACAAAACAUGGCAUUCAUUCUUUUUCAGCACGUUUAGGUCAAAAACGGGUAUUUUGGAUUUGUGUUUUCCUUUUUGAAAUGGCUUUUGGAGUUGGUCUCGUCGGAUCAGCAAUAUCUUCUUCUAGCACAUUGAUUAAAAUUAUCACGGGUUUAGGGCAUGUUAUUCUCGGUUCAAUUCUCUGGAACCAUACCAAAAACAUAGAUUUGACAAGCCCAGCUUCCACUAGAUCCUUCUAUAUGUAUAUUUGGAAGUUGUUGUACGUGGCAUACUUCCUCCUUCCUUUAGCAAGAUAAAGGAUAUCACUUUACCUCAUAACACAUGCAAAAAAAUAACAAGGAUGUAUUUUGCAUCUAAAAAUUUUAAAUAAUAAAAACUACAAAAUUAUGUGGUCUUUUUAUGAGUUUUUGUAUCAUUAAGAACUUUCUUUAAUUAUGUGAACACUUUAUGUGUAAUCUAUAUUGAUAUUUCCCUUUAGCAUU